AGCUCUUACUUUUGUAUUUCCAAAGUUAACUUCUAUUAAAAAGUGUUAGAAAUAAAAUUAAAUUGUAAAAAGUUUGUUACUGUGAAAGUCUAUCUAGAAGAAAAAUUUGAUUAAUCUACUGUUCCUAUAGUAUGACUAAUAGUAAUUUUCAUCGAGGAAACUUCGUUUAUUUUUGUUGUUUUGUAAAGAAACCUUAAGCUUAAAUUCACUACAAAUAUGGAUGAAGAAAUGGGAGGACUUGUACAAGAAGAUUUUAUAUUGCCACCCAUCAAAUAUGAAUAUUUGGACCACACAGCUGAUGUACAAUUACAUGCAUGGGGUGACAGUUUAAAGGAAGCAUUUGAACAGUGUGGAAUGGCAAUGUUCGCCUACAUGACUGAGAUGGACUAUGUGCAGAUAAAAGAGGUUCACACUAUUGAAGCAAAUGCUGAUGAUCUGAUGGGUCUCCUAUAUCACUUUCUGGAUGAACUGCUCUUCCUGUUUUCUGUUGAGCCGUUCUUAAUCUGUAAGAAGUUAGUGAUAACAGAAUUCAACACUCAAGAAUUUAGGAUAGUUUGCAAAUGCUAUGGGGAAGAGUUUCAAAUUGGUAAACAUCCCCAGGGAACUGAAGUUAAAGCAAUAACAUACUCCGCCAUGCAGAUCAUUGAUGAACCAAAGGACAAUAAGUAUGAAGUGUAUGUAAUUAUUGAUAUUUAAAUAUAUAAAUAUUAUUUUCGUUUUU